UUUCUCUCCUCCCCCAACUCUUCUUCUUCUUCUUCUUCUUCUUCUUCUUCUUAUACUGCAAAUUAAUACAGAGCUUCUGAAAAUGAGGGAAACUCCUGGAGCGCUUAUUGUGGCUGUUUUUGCAUGGCUGGUUUGUUGUGAUGGAUACUUCAUGUUUGUGAGGGCGAAUGAACAUAACUACAGGGAGGCAUUGACGAAGUCUUUGCUGUUCUUGGAGGCUCAGCGUUCAGGGAAGCUUGUGAGGACAAGGAUCCCGUGGAGGGGAGACUCUGCCAUGGAAGAUGGCAAGUUUGCUAAUUUAGAUCUUACAGGCGGAUAUUAUGAUGCGGGGGACAACGUGAAGUUCGGCUUGCCGAUGGCGUUCACAGUAACCACUUUAGCUUGGGCAGCCCUCGCCUACAACAAUCAGCUCCAAGCUGCUGGUGAGCUUAUAAAUAUUCAAGCUGCCAUUCGCUGGGGAACAGAUUACUUUCUCAAAACUGCCGCACGUAAAAAUACACUCUGGGUUCAGGUGGGCGAUCCAGUUGCCGAUCACGAAUGUUGGGUGAGGCCAGAAAACAUGGAAACACCAAGAACACUUUACAAGAUUGAUCAGAGCACACCUGGAACCGAGAUUGCAGCCGAAACAGCAGCGGCCAUGGCGGCAUCCUCCAUUGUUUUCAGAAAAACUGACCGCCCUUAUGCCCGUCGCCUUCUCAAUAAAGCCAAAUUGCUGUUUGAGUUUGCUAGGAACUACAAGGGAACUUAUGAUGGGGAAUGUCCUUUCUACUGCUCCUAUUCUGGUUAUAAUGAUGAGUUGUUGUGGGCUGCUUCAUGGUUGUACAUAGCAACGAGGAGAGAUGUGUACUUCAAAUACAUUACAGAGGAAGCUAUUACAGCAAAUGUUGCAGAAUUCGGCUGGGAUCUUAAGUAUGCUGGGGCCCAAGUUCUCCUGGCCGGGAUGAACAUUUACGAAGGAGGAGGUGAACAGAAUUUCAAGGUUCAAGCAGACUACUUUGUGUGCUCGAUCAUCCCCGACAGCCCCUUCCGCCAAGUGUAUAUUUCGCCAGGCGGUCUUAUUCAUAUUCGGGAUGGUGCCAAUACACAAUAUGUCACUGGCACAGCCUUCUUAUUCAGCAUUUAUGGUGAUAUACUCGCAAGAAAUCACCAAACAGUCAAAUGUGGGAACCAGGAGAUUCAACCCUCUCGCUUAUGGCAAUUUGCCAAGCAACAGAUGGACUAUAUACUAGGCAGCAAUCCUCUUGGAAGAUCUUAUAUGGUUGGUUUCGGUGACAAGUCUCCAACGCAGGCCCAUCACAGAGGAUCUUCAGUUCCGGUUCUCCCAAAUGGCCAGAGAGUGAACUGCGGGAUGAGCUUCGUGCAGUGGCUCAACAAAGACCAACCAAACCCUAACGAGCUCACCGGAGCUAUAGUCGGCGGCCCCGACCGCUACGAUAACUUCAACGACAAGCGAUGGAACUCGGCCAUGCUUGAACCAUGCACCUAUAUUAAUUCCCUCGCCGUUGGAGCCCUAGCGAAGCUGGCGGUUGGCAGUUAAUUAGUGAGAGAUUGGCCUCUUCUAUCAAUCUUAAUUAAUCUUAAUUAUCAUUAAUUAGAUAUAACACACCUGUAUUAUUGGCGGCUUUUGCAGUUAAU